AUGCCUACCCGACUUUCGAAGACAAGAAAGAGCCGCGGUCAUGUUUCGGCCGGUUACGGUCGCGUUGGCAAGCACCGCAAGCAUCCCGGUGGUCGCGGUAUGGCUGGUGGUCAACACCACCACCGAACCAAUCUUGACAAGUAUCAUCCCGGUUAUUUCGGAAAGGUCGGCAUGAGAUACUUCCACAAGACGCAGAACCAGUUCUGGAAGCCUGUAAUAAAUCUUGACAAGCUAUGGUCUCUCGUCCCCGCUGAAACCCGCGACGCAUACGUGAACAACAAGAAGGCUGAUACCGUCCCCGUCCUCGACCUCCUCCCUCUCGGCUACUCCAAAGUGCUUGGCAAGGGUAGACUCCCACAGAUCCCCGUCGUUGUUCGAGCGCGGUAUUUCAGCAAGGAGGCUGAGCGGAAGAUCAAGGAUGCUGGUGGCGCUGUUGAGCUUGUCGCAUAA